AAUUCUCAUCUCCUGUUCCUUUUUGGGAAGAGGCGGUUCGGUGCCCUUUAAACCGAGGGCGGCCAGCCUGCGUGACUGAGUGGGGUUUCGGAGAUUCUUUCUUUCCUAAAUGAUAAACCAAGGCACGUGACUGAAAGUUGGCAAGCGCUAUCCACGAAAAAAACACUCAUGACAAAGUGAAACUGCCAAGACCGCUUUUAGUUUUACAAUUACACCGCCGCGAAAGAGUUUUGAUGAGCUGUGAUCGAUGGCAGUCGGCGCGCUGGACUUCUGUCCCACUACAUGACCUGUCCCGGCUCUCGACACCAGUUCCAAUGGGAAAUCCGGCCUCUUGAAAGCAUGCGACGCUGAACCCUCUCCUUUUGCAAUCGCUUAACUGCUGUGUUUACAAACACGUCUGAUUAUUUGUGUGCCAUGUCUGGGUUAGAGUCUGAAGAGUUCCUCGCUCACAGUUCAGCCAACUGCAGCGACACGGACCAGGCGUCUCAGGGCUGUGGGACGGAGAAGAAGAAACUUCGAAGAAGGGAAAAAAACAGAAUUGCUGCGCAAAGAAGUCGGAAGAAGCAGACCUUGAAGGCAGACGAACUACACGAGGAAUACGAAGGGCUGGAACAGGAAAACAUUGCUCUAAAAAGGGAAAUAAGGAAACUUAGUGAAGAAGUGAAACAUUUAUCAGAUGCUUUGAAAGAUCAUGAAGGAGUAUGUCCAAUGAUACACUGUACCAUGAACUUUGUCACAUCACCAAGACCUCACUCUAAUGUCAUCACCGGCUGUUUAUCAUGCGAAGGCCAAAGUGGAGUCUCAUAGAUGAUUUCAGCAUUGAAUUUUUAAAUUUGAUGUUUCUUUUAAUGAAAAAAUUGGACCUAUAGUUUAAUUUUUAAAUGUUUCUGAUUCUUGUAUGCAACCUGGAGAGUCCCGAGAACAUUAUGCAUGGACCAUAUCGUGACCCACAUGAUGCUGCUAAGGCCCCAUGCAUUGUUUGACCAAGUAUAAGGAUAUAGACGUUGUAAGUUUAUUAUUCUGCGAGUACAUUCUGCUCAGUUUAAACUCUACCUGUUGAACAGGAAGGAAGAUUCUGAAAAUGUACAGCUUUUUAUUUUGGACAGUUUUAAUGAUACAUUCCUCACAAAUCAAAUUUGCUAUCCCCAAAAUGUUCAUCAAUUAUCUGACUGAAACAUGGUACAUUGAGACCACUGGUUCACAGAGAUCUUAAUUUGAAGCAUGUGUAUUCAGAAGGAGACCAAGAAACAGCAAUAAUUAGGUGCACCAUAUAAUAAGAACUUUGUUGAUUACAAAGUCGGCUUUUUGAAGGAAAUCAUUCUAAUAUUUGUUUAUUUAUGUAGUGGUCAACUUGAAAGAUUGUUCUUCCUCAUUAGCUAAUUGGUCAAUAUCAUAUUGUUACUUCAAGUAGCAUAGUAUUGCUCCGUCUACAGUGCAACACUGAUAACUGAACAGUUACAUUUUGUGACCCUCUGCUUUUGGAGCCUUAUGGUGUUUCAGUUCCUGUAAAACAUGAGGGAAGCAAGCCAUAAGGAUCCUGCACUGAAUGAAGUAAUGACAGAGCUGUCUCUAUAUAGCCGAGAAUUAUUCAGCUUUUAUUUAAUUAGAGAUGUUAGUAAGGAGCAUCCCAUCAAUAACUCUGAGAAGUGAUGCUACCUUUGUGUGAAGUAAAUUAUUUCCUUCGAUUGGUUUACUUUCUGACUUAAAUGGACUGUUUUCAUCUUGCUUUUUACUCUAAAGUCUGACAUUACUGGAAGCAUGUGAGCCUGAUGUCAUGUUGUAUUAUUACCAUUGAAUGACCUUGCAUGAUGAUCCACCAAUGUCCUAGAAACUUGCCAUUAUUCAGUUGUCCUGUAAUGAACUACACAACACUCAGUCCCCACCCUAAUGUGAUAACCCAUUAGUCAUUUAAAACAUUCCUGUACUAUUUAAUGUAAAUCAGUUGACACUUCUGUUUUCAAAGUAACACGAUGAAAUUCAAAUGAGUUCAUGAAGUGUUCACACAAUGGUAUUUAGAUUCAUGGAGCUGGCCAAGUUGGCAUUCUAGCCUAGUACCAUUGCCUGCAUUUAGCUCACAUCCUCAGGACUCUUCCUAUCCAUAUAUUUGAAUUUUGAAAGUUGUAAUUAUAUCCACUUCAAUAGCUGCCUCUUGCAACUCAGUCCAGAUACAGACUACCGUUUGAGUGAAAAAGUUGCUCCGGAGGUCUCUCUUCAAACUCUCCCAACUCAACUUAAGCCCAUGCCCUCUAGUUUUUGAAUCCGCUUCUCUGGAAUAAAGGACUGUGAGGGUUCACUUUAUCCAUCCCCGUCAUGAUUUUGUGCACUUCAAUAAGGUGAUCCCACAUCCUCCAAUGCUCCAAAUA